AUGGGCGGACUGUACCGGCGCUACCUGCUGGAGGUGCUCCAGCACACGACAGUGCAGGGCUGCGUGCACCUCACAUACCGCACCAGGCACCCACUCGAGAGGGUGGUGUGGGCCCUGUUUCUGGCGACCGCCAUCGGCUGCACCGUAGCCACGUGCCUGUCGACGUGGAAUCGCUACCGCACCAAUCCCACGUCCGUCUCCAUGACGCACGACUACAACGAGUGGAUACUCGACUUCCCGGCCAGCUACGUGUGUCCCUCUAGCAAGGUCGACCCCGAGAGUCUUAACAUCACGUCCGCCCGGCUGGCCGGGGAGAACGCGUCCGAGGAGAGGCGGCAGCGGGUGGGCGACUACCUGAGGGCGGUGGCCAACGCCUCGCUGCGCCGCCUGGGGGCGCUGCGCCGCUUCGCGGGCGACCGCAGUCUGCCCCAGUCCGACCUGCUGCAGCUCGUGCUCGAGGUGAAGUUCAACUUCUCACACAGGCCGGCAAAUGUGCCGCCCCUACGGAUGACGCUGCUGGAGGAAGGCGUAUGCUACUACUCCAACGCCCGGGUAGCGCUCCUCGCGUCGCCUCUGCCGGAAGAAGAGUCUGAAGUCACGACGAGUAAAUACGUCACAUCAGUCGACCACGUAGAUAUAGCUGGCUCGGUGUCUUACAUGAACACAGGGUACAGGCUGUUCGUGUCGUCACCAGACGAGAUACCGAACAUGAUGUCAGCUGGCCAUUCCGCGAUGCAACUAUCACAACUGGAAAUGUCGGUUGGGGUGCUGCCCAUGUCCGCCACGGAAGCACUGCUUUCUCUGAGAGUGGAGCAGCGCCGCUGCCGGCAAGCGCACGAGUCCCCACUCGCCAUCAGUCCCGACUACUACACCUACGGCUUAUGUCGCCUCCAGUGCCGCAUAGACCUCGCUACCAAGCUGUGCGGUUGCGUGCCCUACUUCUAUCCACGGCAAGAGGAAAUGGUGACGUUACCAGAAGGGCUGGCUGACUGCCACUGCCUGCCACGCUGCUCCGAGAGACAUUACUACCCGCUGGAUUAUAAACUGUUAGACAACGACAAUGUGGGCGGUGCCGCCCUCUAUCGUUGGAGUAUCACGCAGUUCCCACGGGUCAACCUAAGGAAAGACGUCCUCUUCACUUUCGUUGAUCUUUUAGUGUCGUUCGGCGGCGCGGCGAGCUUCUUCAUGGGCUGCAGCAUCCUGAGCCUGGUGGAGCUGGUAUACUACAUGACGCUGCGCCUCUAUUUCUACCGCCGGGCUGCGCUGAACCGCUAGCCCCGCCGGGCUUGAGUGUGUCUAUCGCAGCCACAGGGCCACCAUUCUUCUCCCACGUUGCAGCCUGCUAUUUAACCACGCUUUCGCUUCAGAUCUCUACCACGCAACUACCUGACGACGUGCCUCUGCCUGCUGGCACCUCCUUCUGAUGCACUGCGCUGUCGUCAUCGUAUCGUCAUUCGGUCGAUACUCUACGGCCUCGAGGUCUGCUGCCACGGCGUCUACCUGGCCUAUGGAAGGCUGUUGCCGGCAGUAUCUGCUGCUACACCCUGCCUAGCCUGAAGCGACACGAAGGAGUAUGUAGGAACUCAGCAGUGCUGAGAAGAAUUAUUGCCGCACUGAUGGCGGUAUCGAGCAUUUUUUGACUUCAGUUGCAUCGUAUUCACAGACACCACACAUCUGCAGCUAUACUUUAUUCAUCAAAA